AGGAAAAGUGAUCUGGUUUUGAUCAGAGCGGUUGAUAUUAUUUUUAACACGUGUCGCACAUCAAUGAAAUUGACUGGAAAAACUGGAGCGCUUACAGACUGGAGGGGAAUCUGGACUCAAAUAAAGUCUAAGUGUCCAGGUUCUCUGUCUGUCAGUAUAGUAUCAGACUAUCAGUAACAAACCACAGCUACACAAUCGGCGAGAGUGAUGGGAAACGAAUCUCAACCAAACUGGGAAGAUAAAGUCACCAUCAAGCUACCAAACAUAACUUCACAACAAGUAUGGCAAGUUUUACAAGAUUUCUGCAACUUACACAAAUGGAUCCCAAUAGACACAUGUUAUCAACUUGAAGGUAUUCAAAACCAACCUGGUGUCAUCCGUUACUGUGCUUCAACAAUCAAAUCUCCUGAUUCUGAGCCAACAAUCAAAUGGGCAAAAGAAAAACUGUUGACAAUUGAUCCAAUCAAACGUUGUUUGUCAUAUGAAAUCGUUGAUAACAACAUGGGAUUUAAGUCUUAUGUUGCAACAUUGAAAGUUGUUCCAAUCAAUGAUGAUGAUGAAGGUGCUGGAUGUGUGGUUGAGUGGGGUUUUGUUUGUGAUCCGGUUGAAGGAUGGACAUUGCAAGAUUUUAAGUCUUAUAUUGAGUAUUGUCUUCAAUUCAUGGCUAAGAAGAUUGAGGUUGAAUCAUCAUCAAGCUCUGUUACUGGUUAGAGUUAAUUGUGAAGCUGAAAAAGAUUUGGUGAUGUUAGAAUAAAUCAAGCUUUGUCUUUUAUUUAAGAAUAAAAUAAAACCAGGUGUUGUAUGUGUUUUUAAUCUUUAGUGUUUGGUGAUGUUUUUUUCUCCCAUCUUUCGUUGUCACUACCUUGUGUAAUCAUGUCUGCUUUUGUUUUCUUCUUUUAUUUUACUCUCUCCAUCUCUGCUCCAAAAUAUGCAAGAAAGGGAAAUUAUAAUUUACUUUACCAAAUUAUUUUUAAUUAAUAAAUAUGAGAAUUGUCUUGUUUACAAA